AUGCCUGAGCCGGCCAAAUGCAAACAAUGGCUUGAGAAGAACUUUCCAGAUGUGUUUGCCAAACUGACUCUUGGUACAGCACCCAAACAGGAGAGCAAAGGAGGUGGAGGAGGAGAAGACGGUGGUGGAGGCAGAGGAAGAGGUGGAAGAGGUCAAAUCAAACAGAAAAAGAAGACCGUCCCUCAAAAAGUCACGAUAGCAAAAAUCCCCAGAGCCAAAAAGAAAUACGUGACGAGAGUGUGUGGUCUGGCCACGUUCGACAUCGAGCUUAAAGAAGCACAGAGGUUUUUUGCGCAGAAAUUCUCCUGCGGCGCCUCCGUGACGGCAGAAGACGAAAUCAUCAUUCAGGGAGACUUUACAGACGAUAUAAUCGACGUCAUCCAGGAGAAGUGGCCCGAGGUGGACGACGACAGCAUUGAUGAUCUGGGAGAGGUCAAGAAGUGA